AUGGAAAAAUAUCUCUUCAAAUUUGAGUAUUUACCAAAUGAAUUAAUUAUGGAGAUUUUUAAAUAUUUUGAUGCUUACAACUUGUACAAUGCCUUUUACAAUCUUAAUUAUCGUUUCAAUACAUUACUAAAAACUGCUAAGUAUCUUUCACUUAAUAUUUCUUCAAAAGAACGAAUUCAACAAGUUAAUCUUCAAGUUAUAGCUCCCUACAUCUAUACACUAAUAAUUAACCGAUCGAGCAAUGUCUAUCUCACUUAUUUUAUAGAAAUACGUCGACUAAGUUUAGUGAAUCCAACUGCUGAACUCAUUGGAGAGUUUGAUAAUUCUGUUGUACCUUAUUUGGAAUAUCUAUCAAUGAGUUGCGAAUCUCUAACAUAUUACAUGCCUGGUUUCAUUAAAAAAAAUUUUUCUAAUAAUUUUCCUAACUUGCGAUCUUGUCAUUUGAUUGGCGUGGAGCCAAUAUACACAAGUGAAGGAUGGACACAAUCACCAUCAAUUCGUAUUUUAAAAGUUGGAUUUAUUGAUUUAUUUAUUUAUCAAGCAAUUCUAUUAGCAUGUCCAAAUUUAUGUUUUCUUGCUUUGGAAACAUCUUUUUCAACUAAUACAUUCCCACAUAAUCAAUCAUAUAUGAAUUUAAAAAGAUUGGAUAUCAGAUUUCCAUUUAGAAUGUGGACCAGAAAUGCGCAUGUUAUUGGUAUUUUUUUUGCAUGUUUACCCAAUCUUGAACAACUUACGGUUCAUCGAUUGGAUGAACUAUCAAUAAAUAUACAAUUUUUUCUUAACGAUGACUGGCUUGCAUCUAAAAUAGCUUCGUAUUUAUCAUUACUUCGUCAGUUUACUUUUUAUCUCCAUGUUUUUCGUAAAAAUAGACAUUUUGAAUCAAUUCCAGAUAAGAUUCUUCAUCAAUUGCAGGAAAAUUUCAAAAAUGCACACAAUAAUCGAUAUCAAUCACGACUGAUUAUCGAUUCAUUCGAUCCAUAA